UGUGUGUAAAUUCCUGGCGCGGUGUCAGAGCCCUAUGGGGGGGUUUUCUGGAGGUCCAGGUCAAGCCGCCCACCUGGCUCCCACGUACGCUGCUGUCAACGCACUCUGUAUCAUCGGCACCCAGGAGGCAUACAACGUCAUAGACAGGUACAGUCACCUGUGUUACUACAACGUCAUAGACAGGUACAGUCACCAGUGUUACUACAACGUCAUAGACAGGUACAGUCACCAGUGUUACUACAACGUCAUAGACAGGUACAGUCACCUGUGUUACUACAACGUCAUAGACAGGUACAGUCACCAGUGUUACUACAACGUCAUAGACAGGUACAGUCACCAGUGUUACUACAACGUCAUAGACAGGUACAGUCACCUGUGUUACUACAACGUCAAAAGAAAGAAACUACAUAAAACGAACAAUUCUCACACCUGAAUUUAAACGUAACACCUCCGUUUUUUUCAGGGUGUGCCUUUACUUCAAACAAUUUGUCUCUAGUUUCUUCCAACUGAACGUUGUGUCUAAUGAGUGUGACAGAGGUGUUGCCGUAGCAGCAGAUGUAAUGUUUUAUUAUCACUCUCUGGCGUUUAUAGUAACUCCUCCCCAUCUCCCUCCUCCCUCUCAGGGAGAAGCUGCUCUCCUUCCUGUUCUCUGUGAAGCAGCCAGAUGGUUCCUUUGUGAUGCAUGUAGGAGGAGAAGUGGACGUCAGGUGAGAAGUGUGUGUGUGUGUGUUGCACAUAGGAGGAGAGGUGAACAUCAGGUGAGAUGCUGAGACAGCCUUCUAUCGCCAUGGCUUCACUGUUAGUGGAGAAGACCACCACUGAUACGUGAUAACAAUGUCUCUCUCGCUCUCUCUCUCUCUCUCUCUCUCGCUCUGUGUCUCUCUCUCUCUCGCUCUGUGUCUCUCUCUCUCUCUCUCUCGCUCUGUGUCUCUCUCUCGCUCUGUCUCUCUCUCUCUCUCUCUCGCUCUGUCUCUCUCUCUCUCUCUCUCGCUCUGUGUCUCUCUCGCUCUGUGUCUCUCUCUCUCUCUCUCUCUCUCUCGCUCUGUGUCUCUCUCUCUCGCUCUGUGUCUCUCUCUCUCGCUCUGUCUCUCUCUCUCUCGCUCUGUCUCUCUCUCUCUCGCUCUGCGUCUCUCUCUCUCUCUCUCUCUCGCUCUGUGUCUCUCUCUCGCUCUGUGUGUCUCUCUCUCUCUCUCUCUCUCUCUCUCUCGCUCUGUGUCUCUCUCAAUUCAAUUUCAAUUUAAGGGCUUUAUUGGCAUGGGAAAUGUAUGUUAACAUUGCCAAAGCAAGUGAAGUAGAUAGUAAACAAAAGUGAAAUAAACAAUAAAUAUUAACAGUAAACAUUACACUCAGAAGUUCCAAAAGAAUAAAGACAUUUCAAAUGUCAUAUUAUGUCUAUAUACAGUGUUGUAACAAUGUGCAAAUAGUUAAAGUACAAAUGGGAAAAUAAAUAAACAUAAAUAUGGGUUGUAUUUACAAUGGUGUUUGUUCUUCACUGGUUGCCCUUUUCUUGUGGCAACAGGUCACAAAUAUUGCUGCUGUGAUGGCACACUGUGGUUUUUCACCCAGUAGAUAAGGGAGUUAAUCAAAAUUGGGUUUGUUUUCGAAUUCUUUGUGGGUCUGUGUAAUCUGAGGGAAAUAUGUGUCUCUAAUAUGGUCAUACAUUUGGCAGGAGGUUAGGAGGUGCAGCUCAGUUUCCACCUCAUUUUGUGGGCAGUGUGCACAUAGCCUGUCUUCUCUUGAGAGCCAGGUCUGCCUACGGCGGCCUUUCUCAAUAGCAAGGCUAUGCUCACUGAGUCUGUACAUAGUCAAAGUUUUCCUUAAGUUUGGGUCAGUCACAGUGGUCAGGUAGUCUGCCACUGUGUACUCUCUGUUUAGGGCCAAAUAGCAUUCUAGUUUGCUCUGUUUUGUUGUUAAUUCUUUCCAAUGUGUCAAGUAAUUAUCUUUUUGUUUUCUCAUGAUUUGGUUGGGUCUAAUUGUGUUGUUGUCCUUGGGCUCUGUGGGGUCUGUUUGUGUUUGUGAACAGAGCCCCAGGACCAGCUUACUUAGGGGACUCUUCUCCAAGUUCAUCUCUCUGUAGGUGAUGGCUUUGUUAUGGAAGGUUUUGGAAUCGCUUCCUUUUAAGUGGUUAUAGAAUUUGUUCCUUUUGAUAGCAUAGAAGGACCUUCUUGCCUUGUCUCUCAGAUCGUUCACAGCUUUGUGGAAGUUACCUGUGGCACUGAUGUUUAGGCCGAGGUAUGUAUAGUUUUUUUUUUUGUGCUCUAGGGCAACGGUGUCUAGAUGGAAUUUGUAUUUGUGGUCCUGGCAACUGGACCUUUUUUGGAACACCAUUAUUUUUGUCUUAAUGAGAUUUACUGUCAGGGCCCAGGUCUGACAGAAUCUGUGCAGAAGAUCUAGGUGCUGCUGUAGGCCCUCCUUGGUUGGUGACAGAAGCACCAGAUCAUCAGCAAACAGUAGACAUUUGACUUCAGAUUCUAGUAGGGUGAGGCCGGGUACUGCUGACUGUUCUAGUGCCCUCGCCAAUUCGUUGAUAUAUAUGUUGAAGAGGGUGGGGCUUAAACUGCAUCCCUGUCACACCCCACGGCCCUGUGGAAAGAAAUGUGUGUGUUUUUUGCCAAUUUUAAACGCACACUUGUUGUUUGUGUACAUGGAUUUUAUAAUGUCGUAUGUUUUCCCCCAAUCCCACUUUCCAUCAAUUUGUAUAGCAGACCCUCAUGCCAAAUUGAGUCAAAAGCUUUUUUGAAUUCAACAAAGCAUGAGAAGACUUUGCCUUUGUUUUGGUUUGCUUGUUUGUCAAUUAGGGUGUGCAGGGUGAAUACGUGGUCUUUCGUAUGGAUAAAAAAAAAAAAAAGCCAAUUUGACAUUUGCUCAGGACAUUGUUUUCACUGAGGAAAUGAACUAGUCUGCUGUUAAUGAUAAUGCAGAGGAUUUUCCCAAGGUUGCUGUUGAAGAUCUCCAUAUCCCACAUCCCACAGUAGUUAUUUGGGUCAAAUUUGUCUCCACUUUUGUGGAUUGGGGUGAUCAGUCCUUGGUUCCAAAUAUUGGGGAAGAUGCCAGAGCUAAGGAUGAUGUUAAAGAGUUUAAGUAUUGUCAAUUGGAAUUUGUGGUCUGUAUAUUUCAUCAUUUCAUUGAGGAUACCAUCAACACCACAGGCCUUUUUGGGUUGUAGAGUUUGUAUUUUGUCCUGUAGUUCAUUCAAUGUAAUUGGAGAAUCCAGUGGGUUCUGGUAGUCUUUAAUAGUUUAUUCUAAGAUUUGCAUUUGAUCAUGUAUUUUUUUUUUGCUGUUUGUUCUUUGUUAUAGGGCCAAAAAGAUUGGAGAAGUGGUUUACCCAUACAUCUCUGUUUUGGAUAGAUAGCUCUUCUCUCUCGCUCUGUGUCUCUCUCUGUGUCUCUCGCUCUGUGUCUCUCUCUCUCUCGCUCUGUGUGUCUCUCUCUCUCUCUCUCUCUCUCGCUCUGUGUGUGUGUCUCUCUCUCUCUCUCUCGCUCUGUGUGUGUCUCUCUCUCUCUCGCUCUGUCUCUCUCUCUCUCUCUCUCUCUCUCGCUCUGUGUGUCUCUCUCUCUCGCUCUGUCUCUCUCUCUCUCUCUCUCGCUCUGUGUGUCUCUCUCUCUCGCUCUGUGUGUGUCUCUCUCUCUCUCUCUCGCUCUGUGUCUCUCUCUCUCUCGCUCUGUGUCUCUCUCUCUGUCUCUCUCGCUCUGUGUCUCUGUCUCUGUCUCUCUCGCUCUGCGUCUCUCUCGCUCUGUCUCUCUCUCUCUCGCUCUGUCUCUCUCUCUCAAUUCAAUUCAAAGGGCUGUAUUGGCAUGGGAAACAAAAGUGAAAUAAAAAAUUUACACUAAACAUUACACAAGGAAUAGAGACAUUUCAAAUAGUUGAAGUACAAAAGGGCAAAUCAAUUUACAACGGUCUCUGUCUCUCUGUCUCUCUCUCAGGGUCUCUGUCUCUCUCUCUGUCUCUCUCUCGGGGUCUCUGUCUCUCUCUCUCUCUCUUGGGGUCUCUGUCUCUCUUUCGGGGUCUCUGUCUCUCUCGGGGUCUCUGUGUCUCUCUCUCGGGGUCUCUGUGUCUCUCUCUGUCUCUCUCUCUGGGUCUCUGGGUCUCUCUCUGUCUCUCUCUUGGGGUCUCUGUGUCUGUCUCUCUCUCGGGGUCUCUGUGUCUGUCUCUCUCUCGGGGUCUCUGUGUCUCUCUCUGUCUCUCUCUCGGGGAGACAGACAGACAGACAGACAGACAGGUCACUCUCUGUCGCUCUCUCGGUUUCUCGUUCUCUUGGUGUCUGUCUGUCUGUCGUAUUAAUCCCUACCUCUCUCUCUGUGUUGUAGGAGUGCGUACUGUGCUGCAUCAGUGGCGUCUCUCACCAACAUCAUGACACCCACACUGUUCCAGGACACUCCCACAUGGAUCGUCAGGUACUGCAGUAUAGAGCUCAGACAGACCACUUAGUUAAUAUGUGUCUAUCUAACUGGCUGGUGUUCGUUUUAUUAUAAACAUUUGAGUCCUAUCAUAAGAAUAGUACAGUCGUACUGUGAGUUAAAUAGAUUCUUCAUGGACUAUAUUAAUUACAAGGGUUUGGCCCCCUAUAUUUUAGAAAAAUAACUUUGUAGUGAGCAUGUGUUUACACAGUUCUAUAGAAAGACAGUAAAUGCCCACUCACUGUCGGCUGCCAUGUCGUCUCCUUCCUGUCUCCCUCCAGCUGUCAGAACUGGGAGGGGGGUCUAGGGGGGGUCCCGGGGCUGGAGGCCCAUGGAGGGUACACCUUCUGUGGGACGGCUGCCAUGGUCAUCCUGGGGAAGGACCACAUGCUGGAUCUCAAGUCUCUGCUGGUGAGGUGCCGUCGUCACGUUACACGUCUUGUUUCCUUUGGUUCCAAUUGUGUUAUGGACUGUAAUGCUUUUAUAGAGAUAGUUGUACUUCAUUUUGAACAGGGAUGCUGUGAGCCAAGCGUUGCUAUCCGUUCCAUCCAGUACUCCACUCACACAUCCAAUGUCACCGUGUCCUCUCUGCAGAGGUAUCCCAUGUCACUACUUCCCCUUGAUCAGCAUUUGUCUGAAGCGAUGGUGUAAAGCCGGGAUGCACAGAGGCCUGUCGGUCAGAAGGAAAACACUAUAUAGGUCAUUUUGGACUCCUCCAGGUCUGUAAGGAGACGCCAUGGGCUGAUGUGUAGAGAGGACUGAAAUAGUAGAUCAAUCCCCCAAAACCACCAGAACAGUAGGAACAUCCCCACACCACUCAGCAUCAGUCCACACCACUCAGCAUCAGUCCACGCCUCUCCACACCACUCAGCAUCAGUCCACACCACUCAGCAUCAGUCCACACCUCUCCACACCACUCAGCAUCAGUCCACACCUCUCCAUACCACUCAGCAUCAGUCCACACCUCUCCAUACCACACCUCUCCACACCACUCAGCAUCAGUCCACGCCUCUCCAUACCACACCUCCCCACACCACUCAGCAUCAGUCCACACCUCUCCACACCACUCAGCAUCAGUCCACGCCUCUCCAUACCACACCUCCCCACACCACUCAGCAUCAGUCCACACCUCUCCACACCACUCAGCAUCAGUCCACACCUCUCCACACCACUCAGCAUCAGUCCCACGCCUCUCCAUUACCACACCUCCAUCCCAUACCCCAACCUCAGCAUCAGUCCACACCUCUCCACACCACUCAGCAUCAGUCCACGCCUCUCCACACCACUCAGCAUCAGUCCACACCUCUCCACACCCUCAGCAUCAGUCCACACCUCUCCACACCACUCAGCAUCAGUCCACACCUCUCCACACCACUCAGCAUCAGUCCACGCCUCUCACACUCACACAUUCCAACACCUCUCCACACCACUCAGCAUCAGUCCACACCUCUCCAACCACCUCAGCAUCAGUCCACGCCUCUCCAACCACUCAGCAUCAUCCACACCACUCAGCAUCACCACUCGCAUCAGUCCAACGCACUCAGCACACCACUCUCUCAUACCACACCUCUCCACACCACUCAGCAUCAGUCCAGCCUCUCAUACCACUCAGCAUCAGUCCACACCUCUCCAUACCCACUCUCCACACCACUCAGCACAGUCCACCUCUCCAUACCACACCUCUCCACACCACUCAGCAUCAGUCCCACCUCUCCAUACCACUCAGCAUCAGUCCACACCUCUCCAUACCACACCUCUCCACACCACUCAGCAUCAGUCCACGCCUCUCCAUACCACUCAGCAUCAGUCCACACCUCUCCAUACCACACCUCUCCACACCACUCAGCAUCAGUCCACACCUCUCCAUACCACACCUCUCCACCACAGCAUCGUCCACACCAACUCAGCAUCAGUCCACGCCUCUCCAUACCACACCUCUCCACCACUCAGCAUCAGUCCACACCACUCAGCAUCAGUCCACACCUCUCCACCACACUCAGCCACACCACUCAGCAUCAGUCCACAGCCUCUCCAUACCACACCUCCCACACCACUCGCACAGUCCACACCACUCAGCAUCAGUCCACACCUCACACCUCAGCAUCAGUCCACCCUCUCCACACCACUCAGCCCUCUCCACACCACUCAGCAUCAGUCCACACCUCUCCAUACCACACCUCUCCACACCACUCAGCAUCAGUCCACCCUCAGCCAUCCACACCUCUCCACACCACUCAGCACUCAGUCCACACCUCUCCACACCACUCAGCAUCAGUCCACACCUCUCCAUACCACACCUCUCCACACCACUCAGCAUCAGUCCACGCCUCUCCAUACCACACCUCCCCACACCACUCAGCAUCAGUCCACGCCUCUCCACACCACUCAGCAUCAGUCCACGCCUCUCCAUACCACACCUCUCCACACCACUCAGCAUCAGUCCACGCCUCUCCACACCACUCAGCAUCAGUCCACGCCUCUCCAUACCACACCUCUCCACACCACUCAGCAUCAGUCCACACCUCUCCACACCACUCAGCAUCAGUCCACACCUCUCCACACCACUCAGCAUCAGUCCACACCACUCAGCAUCAGUCCACGCCUCUCCACACCACUCAGCAUCAGUCCACGCCUCUCCAUACCACACCUCUCCACACCACUCAGCAUCAGUCCACACCACUCGGCAUCAGUCCACGCCUCUCCACACCACUCAGCAUCAGUCCACACCUCUCCACACCACUCGGCAUCAGUCCACACCUCUAAGCACAGCUCUCAGAACAGGUCCUAUUCACUAGACACUAAACAGAAGAAAACUGAUUGAAACAGGUAGGGAACUUGUUCUAUAAGAACAAAGUUUUUGUUUUCAUAUUUUUUUUACAAAAAAUUCAAUUGAAGUUCAAUUGAAUUUCGGCAUGAGGGGAUGGAGCUUGACGGGUGGGCCCGAAAAACAAAGGUGGAGUAAGUUUCAGUCUAUCUUCCCCAGCCCAGCUUCAGAGACAAGACUGAGGACUCCAGCUGGUACUUAAACCAAUUUGAUAAUGAUUCAGUCCAGUCCUCGUGCUUUGGAAAGGUUCCAUUGCUAUAGCAACCGUGUCCACUUUUCUCAGUUUGCAAAUAUCAAUUCGUAUUAGACCCUCUCUGAUAGGGACCUCAUGGGAUUUCAUCAUCUGGCUGGAUAGAAAAUGGCUGCCUUGCUGGGACUGUAGGUAAAAUGGCAGCAGUUUCUCUCAUUGUGAUAAGGCUCUUUAGUGAUAAUAACAACCCCCUUACUCUAUCUUUUCUUUCGCUGUCUCUCUUUUCUCUCUCUCUCUCUCUCUCUCUCUCUCUCUCUCUUCUCUCUUCUCUCUCAUGUCUCGCUGCUCUCUCAUCUCUUCUCUCUCUCUCAAUCUGUGCAUUGUCUCUCUCUCUAUAUCUCUCUCUCAAUCUGUCAUGUCUCCUCUCUCUCUCUCUAGAAUGAUGUCUCCUCUUUCUCUCUCUCUCUUUCUUUUUUCUAGAUCUCUCUCUCUCUCUCAAUCUGUCUAUGUCUCUCUCUCUCUCUCUCUAUCUCUCUUCAAUCUGUCUCUGUCUCUCACUCUCUCUCUACCUCUCUCUUUCUCUUUCUCGCUCUUCUUCUCUCUCCCCUCUCUCCCCCCCCCCCUUACGGUGGUGGCCGCAGACAGAUAGUUCGAGGGAGGAUUUUCCAGGGUCGCUGUACCAAACUGGUGGACGGCUGCUACUCCUUCUGGCAGGCUGGGCUGCUUCCUCUGCUACACAGAGCCUUCUUCAAAGGAGGUAUCGUAACUACAGUUAAAGUUUAGCUAGCUACACUAUACACUCACCACUGUAAGUCGCUCUGGAUAAGAGUGUCUGCUAAAUUAAGAAAACAUAAAUAUAGUUAAGGCUGGGCGAUAUGGCCUAAAAAAUCAUAUCUCAAUUUUUUUUUUCAAACUUAUGGGCGAUAUCUAGAUUUAAAUCUAAAUAAGCUUUGUUGUACAAUUAAAGGUAAAAUACACUGCAUUUCAAACAGUAAGCAAUAAUCUAAUGAUCUCGGGGCUUGUGAGGUUAUACCUAGGCUAAAUAAAAGCCUUCCACAGCCAUAAGACCCAAUCAUAAUUUAAUUAUUAUAUCAAAAUAGUUUAACCGGCUUUUUCUUUGCAAUAAUCACUGAUCUGGCUUUUCACUGAUCUGGCUAUGAAAAUGCCCUUUUUUGUUACAAAUGUAACUUGAACCAUCCAUAACCACAUUCACUAAUAAUGACUAACUUCUUGUAGCAGGCGUUAGGCUAUAGAACAUUAACACAGGUCUCAUCAACAAUCUCUCGAGCCCACGUGCUAAUGAUUAGCCAGCUAAUAUUUUAUAUUUCAAGUUUAGCCAACUUGGAUCUAUUUGCUAGCUAACAAGGAAGACCAGUUGAAUUGUUAUGAACACACCCUUCUGUCUGUCUCCAACUGUUUUGAGAAGCAUGUUAGCCUGUCCACUUUGUAUAGAUGUUGGCCUAUGUGCAUCUCCUCAUUAUGUGAAUGGGAAGGUACACAGAGGAGCGAAGGAGACCAGACCAAAAAAUACAACAGGAGAACAAGCGGACGUAUAAACGCUCAUUAAAAACCCCCGAAAAAUAACAAAACCUCGAUUCUUGCGAUACAGGCAUUUUGGAAUAUUGUGCAAAAACAUACAUUUGAAUUAAUCGAAUUAAUUAGAUGCAUCGCCCAGCCCUAAAUGUAGUGAUACAGUGCCUUCAGAAAGUAUUCAAACCCCUUGAUUUUUUUUCCAAGUUUUGUUACACCCUUAAUUUAAAAUGGAUUAAAUUGAUAUUUUUUGUCACUGGCCUACACACAAUACCCCAUAAUGUCUGUUUUGUAUGCCGAUUACUCAAUACCAGAGCAAGGUCAUGUUGAUAAGAAUUGGUUAGCAUGUACCCUGCACACUGACUCUGUACCGGUUACCCGGGUAUAUAACGGGUAUAUAGCCUCGUUAUUGUUAUUUUAUUGUUACUCUUUUCUUUUUAACGUUAGUUUAUUUAGUAAAUGUUUUUCUUAAGUCUUUUUUUUCUUAACUGCAUUGUUGGUUAAGGGCUGGUAAGUAAGCAUUUCACGGUAAGGUCUACACCUGUUGUAUUCGGCGCAUGUGAUAAAUAAAAUGUGAUUAGAUUUUGCAUACAGCUCCAUUCAGUGCAUAGUAAGUAAUGGCUAACGUGGCUCACUCCUCCUAUAGAGGAUCACACUCAGAUACACAUAACAGCAGCGCCAUCUAUUGGCUUGGAGACAUCUCGUAACAUCUUCCUUUAGACAAAAAAAUUAAGAGAACUCCUCGACUCAUAAACAGGAGAACUGGGAUUAAACCAGUAAAAACAUUACAAUGGUAAUAAAAACAUAACUGUGUUCUUAUGCAAGCGCCUUCAUAACUGCUCUAAUCUGCUUCCCUCUUCUUCAUUUUGUUUUUAAUAAAAAUAUAUGACCUUUUUAAGAUGAAACAACAGUCUCUGGAGUAUCUCACAGGCAGCCUGAUAUUUGCUCUGGUUCUGGUUUGUCUCAGAGCUAGAUGUUUUAGGCAGUGGGGCUGCUUCCAUAGCAGCAGCCUGUUGUUCACCACCCGCUGGGGUGGCGGGUUCGAUCCAAUGGUCCCCAGUCAUCCUCUGUUUGGUGGUCGAUCGGAGGGAUCCGGAGUUGUUCAGUUACUUGUCUCUUCUGUUUCUGCAGUAUUUCUUACCAUUCACUAGUACUAGAUGAGUGUCUCUACUGGAUGGUGUUGCAGGUGGCACAAUCGCUGAUAAAAUAUAUUUACGUCCUCCAUAAUCCUUGGCCAGAAGACAGCAUCAUGUGCCUUUGUGAGGCGGGCCUCUCUGCCUGAGUGACCAGAGUGGAUUAUGGGUAGAAAGUCCGUGCUUUAACACGUCAGGGAUGAAGUCAGUCCAUUUUAGUGGUGAGAUCCUCUUUGUACGUCCAGAGAUGUUUCAGUGUUACUCACAACCUGUUUGGUUCCAUGCCCAGCCAUUGUUGAUUUGCGUGCAGAGCCUGAAACAGUGGGUCCUGGGAACAGUGUGCUUUGAUUGACUCCAUUGUUUUAGUUGAGAUGUUGACAUCACUGGUGAGAUACACCAGUUCCAGGUCAGUUGUGGCCAGUCCCAUAGCGAAGACCGUGGCUUGUGUUAGCAUUUGUCUGUGCUCUGUGGUUGAUUGAGUUGUUCUGGACAGGAAGUCAGCUGUUCUGGACAGGAAGUAAGCUACAUGUAGUUCUUUGCCUUGUUUGUACGUGGAGUUGGUAUCUUUGUAGCCUUAGCAACAUUCUCUGCGGUCGCUUGGGUGCUGUGAGUAGGGAUUUCUUGGAGAUCGUCUCGAGCGGUUUGUGGUCGCUGUGUAUUGUCAUGAACUCUCUGCCAUUCAGAUUGUUGUUUAACUUGUCACGUGCAAAAAAUAAUGGAGAGACAAUCUUUCUUAAUCUGUGCAUAUCUUUGUUCUGUCUGAGUCAAUGUUCUGGAGUCAAAUGCAACAGGUUGUCCUUUCUGUAGAAGGGCUGCGCCCAAACCUGUCUCACUGGCAUCACACUGCAGUGUGACUUCAUCAUUCAGGUCGUAGUAUUUGAGCACUCGGUGUUGUGACUGACUGAUAGUCUCAACUGCUGUGUCGUGCUGUGGGAGCCAUGCCCAUUCAAUGUCUUUGUCAGUCAGUCUUCUGAGCGGCUCGCACACAUCAGAUAGGCAGGGCAUGAAUUUUGAAAGAUAUUUCCCAAACCCCAACAGCCGCUGUAGUGACUUGACGUUGGUCGUGUGUACCCAUGUUCUGAAUGGCUGUUAUCUUCUCUGGGUCAGGGCGAAGGCCCUCUGUGGUGAGAAGAUGAACCAUGUAUGUCACGCUAGGUAGCUUUAACCUGAGUUUAUUUUUUUGUUCAGGUUGACAUCUCUUGCUCUCUGCAGGAGAGCUGUGAGGUUUCUGUCAUGAUCUGCCAUCGCCUCUUCGGGUGUGUCACCACAUCCAUAGAGUAGAAUGUCAUCUGCAAUCACACUCACUCCUUUUAGUCCCUGUAGUGCUUCACACUGCCUGAGCUGGUAUUCUUCAGCUGCUGGCUUUAUUCAAAUGGCAUUCUCAGCCAUCUAUACCUGCCUACAGGUGUCCAGAAAGUGUUUUUAUUUGUUUAUAUAUAUUUUUUUAUUUCUCGCAAAUAUAUAUAUAUAUAUAUAUAUAUACAUACAGUUGAAAUAGGACAUUUACAUACAGUGGGGAAAAAAGGAUUUAGUCAGCCACCAAUUGUGUAAGUUCUCCCACUUAAAAAGAUGAGAGAGGCCUGUAAUUUUCAUCAUAGGUACACGUCAACUAUGACAGACAAAUUGAGAAUGACACCUUUGUUUUUAAGCUCUGAAUUUAUAAUCCCUUAAUAUUAUUGUUGGAUCUGAUUUUAAUAGCUAACAUUUCGAUGGCCAUAAUAAAUAGAUAUGCCGAUAGUGGACAACCUUGUUUUACUCCUCUUGACAGUUUAAAACUUACUGAGAUAUAGCCAUUAUUUACUAUUUUACACCUAGGGUUACUAUACAGUGGGGGAAAAAAGUAUUUAGUCAGCCACCAAUUGUGCAAGUUCUCCCACUUAAAAAGAUGAGGCCUGUAAUUUUCAUCAUAGGUACACGUCAACUAUGACAGACAAAUUGAGAAAAAAAAUCCAGAAAAUCACAUUGUAGGAUUUUUAAUGAAUUUAUUUGCAAAUUAUGGUGGAAAAUAAGUAUUUGGUCACCUACAAACAAGCAAGAUUUCUGGCUCUCACAGACCUGUAACUUCUUCUUUAAGAGGCUCCUCUGUCCUCCACUCGUUACCUGUAUUAAUGGCACCUGUUUGAACUUGUUAUCAGUAUAAAAGACACCUGUCCACAACCUCAAAUAGUCACACUCCAAACUCCACUAUGGCCAAGACCAAAGAGCUGUCAAAGGACACCAGAAACAAAAUUGUAGACCUGCACCAGGCUGGGAAGACUGAAUCUGCAAUAGGUAAGCAGCUUGGUUUGAAGAAAUCAACUGUGUGAUCAAUUAUUAGGAAAUGGAAGACAUACAAGACCACUGAUAAUCUCCCUCGAUCUGGAUUUUUUUUCUCAAUUUGUCUGUCAUAGUUGACGUGUACCUAUGAGUGAAAACCUCCUUCCAU